ACAAGAUGGGGGAAUCGUCAGGUCUUGUCAUUGCUCGUCGCGUCGAGGCUUUUGGGCAAGCGAGGAAGGCCCAUGCAACGACGACGGCGGAGGAGGACACUCAGCUUGUUUUGCUUUUUGAGGAGGUUCUGCAAUGUGCCGAUUUGUUUCUGAUUCAAAAACUCGAGAUGCUGUUCGCGCUGUUUAGCCGACUUCCCGCGCCGAACGGAGAUGACAAGGCAAACCAAAGCACGCUUCUUCAGUUCGACCCGUUUCUUUCCUGUGCAGCGAGAGUCGCGAAAGAAAGGAAUCCACGCGUGUCUGCAGAGGUCACAACGCAUCUGUCGUUCCACGAUUUUGUUUCAUGUAUAUGCGACAGUAUCGGCUGUACGGCAUGGGUGGAAGGGAAUGGUAAUGCUCGUCCUCUAGCCACAGAAGUUUCGGGCGACAGCGAGGUGGGAACGAAGGACCUGCUGCGUGCACUGUUUCUGGGCAAGGGGUCACCACUAUCGGGGGAGAUGCGCUGUUUGGUGGAAGUCCUGCGAGAAAACCAUGUGCCUUUUCCGGUACUGGGUCUACAAGGACUGCGAAUCGUGAAGAUUGCGUCGGGGUACGAGCACACUCUGUUCCUCACGCAGACGGGCCACGUGUUCGAGGCGGUUCACACGAACGGAGCGGAGCUGGAGCUUGGCCUGCAACUGCCAAAGCUGCUACCGGAGUUUGGUGAUUCUUCCACUGCCGCCGUCGAUAUCGCGGUCGGGGUGCGACACUCCGUUGCUGUGGGUGCAUGUGGGCGAGUGUUUUCCUGGGGGCGCGGUGACUACGGACAGUUGGGCCACGGAAGAAGCUCCUUUGUCUUCCAGGACGCAGAUCAUUAUGGCGAAGAUUAUUG